AACAUACAUAACCCAUCCUCUUGUUUCGCAUACGUUCCACCAACCUACCCCUUUUCUCCUCUCUAUAUAUUCGCCUUGUUUGCCUCCAAUUUACAUCUUCAAAAACAAUUCCAAUAACCAACAACGAGUUGCCAGUGAAAAAGAAAAAAAAACCUUGAUGGGUGCCGAGAAAGAAGGUGCGAAGGUUGAAGCCGAGAAGAAGCCCGCUGCUGAUGCUGGUGAAAAGAAAGAUGAGGCCAAAGUUAUUUCCGUUUACAAGCUGGACAUGCAUUGUGAAGGCUGUGCCAAGAAAAUUAGACACGCCGUUAAACAUUUAGAAGGCGUGGAAGGUUUGAAGACAGAUUGUGCCGGCAACAAACUAACGGUGACGGGGAAAGUGGACCCAGCAAAAAUCAAAGCCAGGCUUGAAGAGAAGACCAAGAGGAAAGUCGAGAUUAUCUCUCCCCAACCUAAGAAAGACGAUGGUGCCGCUGCUGGUGGUGGCGAUAAAAAGGCCGAUGAGAAACCCGAAAAGAAACCGGAGGGGAAGAAGGAAGAAGCGAAAAAACCACCUCCAGAGAGUACCGUUGUUUUGAAAAUCAGGCUACACUGUGAAGGUUGCAUUUCAAAAAUAAAGAAAAUCAUCUCCAAAAUCAAAGGUGUGGGCAGCGUGACUGUGGACGCGGCGAAGGAUCUGGUCACGGUGAAGGGAACAAUGGACGUGAAGGACUUGGCACCGUACCUAAAAGAGAAACUAAGGAGAGCAGUGGAGGUGGUUCCUCCGAAAAAGGAGGAAGAGAAGAAAGACAAAGCAGGCGGCGGAGACGGUGGGGAUAAAAAGGAGAACAAAGCGGCCCCCGCUGAUGGUGGCGGCGAGAAGAAAGAGAAAGGGGGGGAAGCGAAAGGUGAAGAGAAGAAGAAAGAAGGGGAUGGAGGGAAGAAGGAGGAGGCUGCUGGUGCUAAGGUGGAGGUGAGCAAGAUGGAGUAUUCUGGAUAUCCAGGUCCAGCACCUACUUUCUGGUUUGAUGGGGUGUACGGUCAAAAUCAUGUGGUGGAAAGUUACAAUAAUCAUUAUGAUAAUCAGUACAACUACAAUCAACAAGGUUACUAUGCGAUGAAUCAACCAGGGAUGGGAGGAAAUCAACCAGGGAUGGGAGGAAAUCACGGUUUUCUGCUGGACCAUCAUCAUCCCCAUGCACCUCAGAUAUUCAGUGACGAGAAUCCCAAUGCUUGUUCUAUCAUGUGAUUGGUUGAUCGGUCCGGGGGGGUGGAUGCAACAUAUGCCAUAAGAGAAGUACGAAAAUGUACAUGAACUUUAGGAAGGGAAAAGUAAAUACAAGAAAAUACUAAUAGAGGAUUAGUAGAGUUAAUUUUGGAAUUAUCCAUGUGGCUGGCUUAGUUUAGGAGAAACUAAUUAGAGAUGAAGAACAGGAGGCCGGCUGGCCCUGUAAAGCCGGUUAAGUUGCUGGUUUUUUUGUCUUUUUAAUUGUUAUUUCCUUUAUCCGUUCAAUCAAUGUAAGCAUUUGUUAUUGCAGCCCCUAAAUAAAUAUUAUGUGCAAUAAGCAUUUUGGCUUUC